UUUGGCAAGCGUGCCCACCCUCCUCCUUUCCAUUCCUGCUGUUAAUCGUGGCACACACGCCCGUCAUAUCACUUCUGGAUGGACCGCUGCGGCCCUCCUGAAAUGCGUAGGAGCCGGAGAUAAGGGGAAGCUGUUGAAGCCGCUGGCCCACCUCCCCACAUUCACUGUCCUGACAAUCUGCCCAUCUGUUUCCUCAGACCUAGAUUUUGUCUACAGGCACCGGACGAUUGCCGGGAGCUUUCGGGGAAAUGGAAAGUGUCGUCCCAAGAAGUUCCCCGCCCGAGGAAUGAGGAAGUGAGGGGAGGGAAGCGUGGCCGGGAAUCGGGGACUCCGCCUCAGCCGCUCUCUGGCGUGUCCCGGGUUGGCGCUGGAAGGGGCGCGAUGACAAAGGAGACCUCCGUCCGCGCCCUGUGAGAAAGUCUCCGGAAACCGAGGGCUAGCCAAGCCGAGGAGACGUCCCCCGUCGAGGGGCAGCUGCGGGAAGCGGGGGUCUCCCGCGCCUUCGAACCUCGGCCGCGCAGGAGCUGUUUGGAGGGCUGCACCAGCCGCCGCCGCCUCUUGGGCAGCCCACAAAUGUGGCCAGAGUCGGUUCUGAAGGCCUUCAAGGAGAAACUCUGCGCGCUCCCCGUCCCGGAGGGCUGCGCCCGCAUCCCGGAGGCGUCGCUGCAGCGAGCCGAUGUCUGGGACCUGGGCGAGCUGCUCUUCAGCUGCUACGGCCAGGAUUACGGCCAGGAGGUGCUGGAGCAGCUGAUGAAGGCGGUGGAUCACGAGGUCCUGCCCGACGCGCCUCUCCUUCGGGCCAGGGAAGAUCUACAUCCAGUCCGGUUUGAUCAUUUGGGAGUGCGGUUUGGACUUGCAGACAGGGAUCAAAAUUCAAUCCAGAUUCCUGGCUGCUCAGAGAUGCAGUCAGAUUCCCCCCUAUUUGCAGAGGAAGGAAGAAGCGGAAAGAUGGAGGAACCUGCAGAUUCUGGGGGAAGUUUCAUGUGUUCAUUGUGUCCUGUUGAGAAUCUUCCAGAAAAAAUAAGACCGGAGGUCAUUUCGGACUCAAAAGCAAGCCAUGAAACCUACAGAUUAUGCUUCACCGAGGCUGGCUCCUUCCUUUGUUCUUAUACUGAUCUCAUAUUUGAAGUGAGCGGAGCUGUGACCAUAACAUACCACUUUGAUUCAUGGCCAAACGACUUGAGUGUAUGGGGUCCAUGGAAGUUGCUUGUUGCUGGCCCUUUGCUCAACAUCCAAGCAGAUCCGGUAGAAGCUGUGGCAGUGGUUCACUUCCCUCACUGCCUGUGCCUUGCAGGUGAAGAUAGUUCUGAAGUGCACAUUGCACAUUUUGUUAAAGAGGGGAUGACUCUGGAGAAGCCCGACAGAGUGGGGCCAUUUCAUGCUGUGUGGAAAAACCCCAGCUUCUCUUCCUGUGGAGUCAUUUACAAAAAGUCAUGGUUUAAACGAAACAUAAAGGUCCACGCUGUGGCACUGCUUUAUCAGGAGCUGGAAGUCUCGGUCCCAAAAUUCCACCUGUACCUCCUGCCCAACGUCUCUUCAGUAAGAAAGGCUGUCCAUAAAUAUGAAGUAACAUGCCCUUCACGUAGACUGCCAAAGCCCUCUUGGACCAACAGGCCUCUAAAGAUUGGUUCCCGCUUCUUUGUGCAGGAGUUAGAUGAUGUCACAGUGUAUCCCGAGGAGCUGGAGUUCAUACAUGCGGAUGCAGACAAGGAGCAACCGUACCUUGAACUGUAUGCUGAGCACAUACGAGAUACGUUCGAGUUCAAUGUGAUGCAGAAGGACAAGAGUAAACCAGUCUGGGUGGCCCAUGUGAGACAAGAAGAAUUGAGGUCUCCUGCUUUACUGCGAAUAAAAGAGACAUCUCCUUCUGUCUUGUUGGACCUCCAUUUCAUUGAUUGUCACCGAGAACAGCUGAUCAAGAGAACCGCCAAUGUUGAAGGGGUCCUAGAUAUGUUGCUUGGCCCCAACCUGGAUGAGGAGCAGUACCAAAAAAUCUCCUCAAGGGGAAGCAACCCAGAAAAAAUGAGGGAGCUCUACAUGCUGGUGCCAAGCUGGAACAACACUUGCAAGGACCAGCUGUACAAUGCACUGAAGGCCAAAAAUCCUCACCUCAUUGAUGACCUUGAAGGGAGACUUACUCCCAAAAAAGCAAGGGGUCUAAGACCCCCUGAGACACUGGGCGACUACACCCCUGGCAAGGGCUACCCUCAGACGGAAGAAAACCUCUCCGAGGAUUCCCCGCCUGAGAGCGGAGGAAGUAGCGAGGAGAAGGAAGCGUGGCCGAGCGUGGCAGGAGCUCCGCUCGCAGUCGCUGGGAGGCGGCAGCGGAACCGGACCCUCCCCGCCGCCAGCCGCUCGGCUCGCUCACUCGCCUUUUGCUGGGCGUCGGUCGGCGAGACUUUUCCUGGGUGGGGAAGGGGCGCGAUGGCGAAGGCACCGCCCGGCGAAGGCUCUUUCCGCGUGUUGGGCCCGUCCCUGCCGCACAGUCGUCUUUGGCCCUACAACGCCCACCAGAGCCUCCUGGCUUACACGCUGGCGCGCCUGAAGGACGACGAGCUGCGGGCGUUCAAGGGCCGGCUCCUCGCGGAGAAGGGCGCCUCCCGGAUCCCCGAGGCGCUGCUGGAGGAAGUGGACGCUUGGGCCCUCGGCCACCUGCUGGUCAGUUACUACGGCGAGGGUCGCGCCGUGGAGGUGACGGCCGAGGGGCUGAAAGCCGUCGGCUGCAAGCUCCAGGCGGAGGCGCUCCUCCGCCGCGCCAGGCAAGUGACAGCACAGAGGAGAAGGACGGCAAGCACUGCAGAUUCUGGGGACGGUGUCGUGUGUUUGUGGUGUCCCAGUGAGGAUCUUCCAGAAAAAAUCAGACCAGAUGUGGUUUGGGACUCUCAAAGCCAUGAAAUCUACAGAUUAUGCUCCCUUAAGGCUGGUUCCUUCCAUUGCUGUUACACUGAUCUCAUAUUUGAGGUGAUAGCAGAUGUAACCAUAACAUACCACUUUGAUUCAUGGUCUAAGCACCGGCAUGGAUGGGAUGCAUGGAAGUUGUUUGUCGCUGGCCCUUUGCUCAACAUCCAAGCGGAUCCCGUCGAGGCUGUGGCAGCCGUUCACUUCCCUCACUUCCUGUGUCUUGCAGGUGAAGACAGAUCCCGAGUCCACCUUGCACAUUUUGUGGAAGAGGGGGUGAGUCUGGAUGUGCCAGACAGAGUGGGGCCAUUUCAUGCUGUGUUGAGAAACCCCAAGUUCUCUCUCCGUGGAGUGGUUUUCAAAAAGUCAUGGUUCAAGCGAAAGAUAAAAGUCCACUCAGUGGCACUGCUGUAUCAAGUGCUUCAAAUCCCAACCCAAAAAUUCCACCUGUACCUCCUCCCCAAUGACUCUUCUCUAAGAAAGAUUGUCCAUGAGAAGGAAGUGAAGUGCCCUUCGUGGAAGGUGGAAAAACCCUCUGCAAUCCCAAAGCCUCUGAUGAUCGGCUCUCGCUUUUUUUUGCGGAAGUUAGAUGAUGUCACAGUCUGCCCCAAGGAGCUGGAGCUUCAAUACCUGGAUGCAGACAUGGAGCAGCAGUACCUUGAACUUUAUGCUGAGCAGGUACAUGACAAGUUCAACCUCAACCUGGUCGAAAAGAGCAAGGAUGAACUUGUCUGGGAGGCCUAUGUGAGACGAGAAGAACUGCAAUCUUCUGCACAAGGUGCUAGCGGCUGCAUAGAAACUAGUGCCCUGUCCAUCAGUACUGCCUCAGGAACAUGCGAAGCAUAUUUGUCUCAUCAAAUGUCAGUCUCAUCCGAGCUACAUUUCAUUGACCGUCACCGUGAACAGCUGAUCCAGAGGACUACCAAUGUUGAAGGGCUCCUGGAUAUGCUGCUGGACAUCAUCCUGAAUAAUGAGCAGUACCAAAAAAUCUCCUCGAAGGAAACCAACCCCGAAAAAAUGAGGGAGCUCUACAUGCUGGUGCCAAGCUGGGACAAUGCUUGCAAGGAUCUGCUUUACAAAGUGCUGAAAACCAGACUUCCGUACCUCAUUGCUGACCUUGAAGGACAGACUUCAUAUAGUGUGUGCGCAGCUGGAAGUCCCCGAAAGAGGCACGGCGCACAGAAGCGCCUCCUGCUGGCCCAGCGCCACGAGGAAGGAAGCGGGAAGAGAAAAGCUGGGCCAGGAGCGUUUUCGCUCUUCGGACUCAGGCCACGCCUCCCUCCUGCCCGCAGCACCAACCACAGUCGCUGCAGGCUUGCAGUCCCGUCCUGCUCCCUCACCAGCUCCGACUCCAGCUGCAGCUCGGCGGUGAGCGCGAUGCCGAAGACGAUCCGCGACCGCCUGCUGGACACGCUGGAGAACUUGGACGAGGGCGAGCUGCGGAAGUUCAAGGCCAAACUGAACGAGAUCCCCGUCAAGAAAGGCUACGACAACAUCCCUCGGGGGCGGCUGCAGAAGGCGGACGCCUUGGACCUCAUCGACCUGCUGAUCGCCUUUUACACCGAGGAUUACGCGGUGCGGCUGACGGCCGAGGUCCUGGAAGCCAUCAACUGCAAGGACCAGGCGGCGAAGCUCCUCGAAGCCACCGGGAACGGGCUGCAGUUUCCCAGUUGUCCUGGCAUGCACUUCAUCGAGCAGCACAGGGAGGAUCUGAUCCAGCGUACCACCCUGGUGGAGUCGGUGCUGGAUAGAUUGUACGGUCCUGUCCUAAAUGGAGAGCAAUACCAGAAAGUCUGCGCCAAGGACACAAACCCAGAGAAAAUGCGAGAGCUCUACAAGCUUGUGCCAAGCUGGAAUCGCUUUUGCAAGGAUAAGCUGUAUGAAGCGCUGAAGGCCAAAAACCCACACCUCGUUGAUGACCUUGAAGGGAGAUGAAGCCACAAGGAAGGCAGAGAGCAAUACCUUUCCAAGGCACAGGAAACCCUGCACCCUAUUUCCACAGGACUCCUACAGACAAAGCAAUAUGAUGACUUCUCCAAAGCACUCACUUUGCUCCAAGAAGAAAAUGAUGGAAAGACAAGAGGGACUGGCAACCACAGAAGUGCUCUUGUUCAGGUCUCCAGGGCAGUAGUGUAGCGGCAAAUUCAGAAGUGCAGAAGAUCAUCCCAUCCCCCUUUCUCUCAUCCUCCUUGCUCUCCCUGUCAUCUUGCAAGUCCACACUCGGCUACAGCAGACAUCCCUAGGAACCAAUCAGCAUGAAAAGGGAGGCUGUUAGCUGCUGAGAAGAGUCUUCUCAGUGCAUCACUUGCCUCCUUCCACUUUGAUUGGCUCUAAUCAACACGAAAGGACAAGGACUCUUCUCAGUGGCUAACAUGCUCCCUUUUCAUGCUGAUUGGCUCAUACAUAGGGAUCUGGCUGGGACCCUGCUCCAAAAAAAGUAAUAGGUCUAUGACACACACACCCCACGACUCUGGACAACUGCACCUCUGCUUCAGAGUAGCCUGGAAAAGAAAUCUUGUACUGUUGUUGCAGGUGGGGAAGGGAGACAACUUUCAACAUACAUCCCAAGACUGCAAUGGGGAACCUCCAGCCCACAGGUCUCAUUGGGCCCAGCAGGCCUCCCCAUUUAGCCUACCAGGCUAUUUGGGCUAAGCCACACCCAUCCAUCCGACACCUGUUGGGGCAGGUAAGGAAGCAUCUGGACCAAAGGGGAUUUGCAGAUCCUGCCAGUCAGCAGCACUUGUAAAGUCCUGUGCAAAGUGAUUUGCAAGCACUGACGAUCAGCUGGUCAUUGAGGAUUCUUUGCACAGCACUAUACCAAAGCAGACCACCUGAUGUCAUUAUGACCACAGGUGAUUGACAUGGGGGUUAAUUGAACCACAGACUAAAUUGAUAGAACCAUUCAGUCUGCCCAACUUUUACUUCCUUUUAGAACCCCUCUCUUCUCCCUUUUCCCUCCCUUUUUGUCCACGGGGAAGCUCAGAGAUCCUUGUCUGGCCUUUGGGGAUUUUUUAAGUCUGUCUUUGAAUCCCCAAAAGUUACAUUUUUCUAUGUACCUAAGGAGUCCACUUAAUAUCCAGAAACCUCCUUAUUUACAGGGGGGGCUUAUCACCUCCAAACUAAUAGACAUCCAGCCAUCUGGUAUAGGAAUGAAAGUGACAUUAUCCUUUUUCUACGCAGGCAGGCAAAGAGGCAGCCAUUGCGGGAACAAUCCAGCAGGGAAUAGAACACUUGAGUCAUUUGGGUGUGAGAUGAAGCAAGAGCAACAAUCCACUCUAUGUCCAGCAUCCUCUAGGACAGGGGUUGCCAACAUGGUGCCCUCUGGAUGUUGGGGGCCUACAACCCAUACCCCUGACUUAAACAAGAAGCAGAUUUCUGUUUGGCUUUCCAUACAUGGGCAACAAUACUAAACAAAAUCUCUCACCAGCACACUUAUCUGGAAAAGAUAACCCAUUGGACAAAGUGGAGCUUGCUUCUGAGCUGCUAUGUGUAGGGUUGUAAUGUGCUCAGAACUAAGAUCUUAGUUACUGGGUAAAACCAUUUCUCCAUGAGAUGGGGAGUGGUUGCUGCCCAUACUGUUAGGUAUCAUCCUUUUGUAAUUUAAGAAAUUACAAGCAGGGCUCAGCUUGUUGGAGGAAAUUAAACUGGAACGGAAGAUGUGGGCUCAUUUACUGACCCUGGUGCAAUCAAUGAUGACAUCUCCUGGAUCUUAGCUCCUGCAAUGAGUUUAGUCGCUGGGCCGAAUAGGUAGCCCCAAGUAAGUUACAUGACUCAUUGGGUUGGAUCCAGAGACAGUCAAACUUAAGUCCCACUGAAAUCAGAGCAAAAAGUUAAUAAUGACUAGCUCCAGUUUUGAAGGGGCUUUUAGCAAAGCGUCCUCUGUGAUCAUAUUACACUACCCAGCCAUAAGCUUAUCUGGCUAGGAGCUGCCACUUAAAAUUUCCCACAAUGCCCUAUCCAGCCAUGAGCUUCUCUGGAGUGAUCCUACACUGGGCAUUCCAGGGCAUUGUGUGAAAGUUCACAUGAUGGCUGAUAGCUGCCCACCAUCUGGCAUGGGAGGCCUAGAGCAGAGAUCAGUGCUGGUGAGCCCUGCUGAGGUACUGGAGCUCUGUCAGCUGCCUGGGGAUGGCUGGAACUGGUGUUAGGCCUCUACAACGAAAGUCUCAUUGAUUUCAGUGGGGCCUAAGCAUGACUGAUCUUUGGAUCCAGCCAACUGUGUCACUUACAAUGCUUCAUCUUAAUCAUCAGAUAUGUCCGUGUGAUUCUAUUACAGGAGAAAAACACAUACUUGAAUUCAAUGUUUGGUAGGGAUCUGCAGCAAAAUGUUCUCCAGGAUACCAUAAGACACCUGGGUAGCCAACCUGCUACUCUCCAGAUGUUGUCAUGCACCAGCUCUCAUCAGCCCCAGCCAGCAUGGUCAAUGGUCAGGGUGAGUGGGAGUUGUGGUCCAGCAACUGGCUCUGCAUUGGCUACCCCUUGCUAGAAGCUGUUAGGAGCACAAGCAGAACAUUCCAUUCCCCCUCCCUCCAGUCUUCCAUAUUUCUUUUCUGAUUGACAGUUCACAUUCAGUGGCUACUAAGCAUUCUUCAUCUUCAUUGGGCUAUUGGAGGGUGCCCCUUUCGGUAUUGUUUUACACCCUUAGGUAAAUACAUAUUCUUCUGCAGACAUCAAGGUUCCCCUGAACACACUGAUGGAAAUGAAAUGGACUGCCUUCAAGUCAAUCCCAACUUAUGGCGACCCUAUGAAUAGAGUUUUCAUGGUAAACAGGAUUCAGAGGUGGUUUACCAUUGCCUUCCUCUGAGGCUGAGAGGCAGUGACUGGCCCAAGGUCACCCAGUGAGCUUCAUGGCUGUGUGGGGAUUCGAACCCUGGUCUCCCAGAUCCUAGUGCUCUAACCACUAUGCCACACUGGCUCUCAAACACACUGAUAGCCUCCCUCUUAUUUGUCAGUGACAUUGUCUUGGCUCCAUUUCUAUUGGCUCUUGCCAUGUGAGUUCAGUAUUAGAGGGAUAGUGUUGAUUCACUUUUAAGAGGUUUUGUGUAACUUUAAAGUAUAUAGAUUUUCUUUUAAACCAUGUUAUUUAAAAAUGCCUAAUAUAAUUGGUAUUUAAAAUAAUUGUUCUCUUUGAAGUGUUAAAAUCCUAUUUUAAUUUAAACACACACACAAUUUAUUUUUAAAUCAUCACAUUUCUUCACCUUGCUCAUUGUUGCAGAGAAAUAUGAGGAAAUGUACAUGGUCACCUGAUACUCAGUCAAAAGUAGUAUUCUCCUCUCACUUAGUAAAAAGUUAAUUAAUCCAAUGGGAGGGGGGAGACAAGAAAGAAAACUGUGCAAACAAGCAGUGAAGAGCACUUCUAAGUCCUUGUUCUGAGCUGUGAAGAUGAGAGGGCAGGACUUUGCUUUGCAAUUUUCCCAUGUUUACCAAGACGAUUUUGCCAAGGCAGCUAUGAUUUUGACAGGAUCAGUCCAGACCAUUUCAGUGCCUUUUGCUGAAAAUCCAAAUGGAGUAAAGCAUAUAGUGCUAAAUUAAAUAACUGAUCAUUUACUGUUCUUUAACAUAAAUCAGGUAGACUAAUUAACACUGUCCAAUUUGAGCAUUCAUAACUUGAGCCCUCUCUGCUGCCUAGAGAUCUCCAGUCUUGCGGUUAACCCCUACUUUGAGUAUCAUUCAGUGGUCACACUUGACAAAGCACUGAGAAGACCUGUCAGAAACACAAGGAAGGUGCACUAAGGGUGAUAUCAGUUUUUUUCUUCAUGAUAGCUGAUGACCACAGGCUGUCUGAUAGCACAACAUUCAAUACAAGACACUCUGGCACAAGGGACCACGCCUCUGCUUGUUGUAGGAUAUCAACAUUUAGCUUCCAAUUUUAUCAGACUAUUCUUGGAUUUGCCCAUACGCUGUGUAUUUUUUAUGAAAUUGGGAACAAAAUUAUCCUUCAGCAACUCAGUACUUCGUUACAUAUAAAAAAGAUGUGGAGAAAGCAUGUCUGUGGAGUAGCGUUAUAUGUACCUUAUGGAUGGUUACUCGUAAAUACAGGUUUUCCAAUUCUA